CUUUUUUGUUCCAUGUACUGGUGUCACACGGACUUGUGCAGCGAUUGACUGGAGGAAGUGGCAAGUUUUCAAAAUGAAAUACCACAAUAUGAAACAGCAGCGGCUAAUGGCGUCAUGUGCAGAGGAGGAGGAGGAGGAGGGAGGGAAGAGAGUUGGCCCGUACGUAGACACUUGAUUCCGUCGCGUACCUUACACGUACACUACGAGAAAGAGAUGAAGAGAGAACAGGGGAUGACAAGAGCAGAGAGUGGAGGCAGAGCUAUAAAGAGGCAGCACUGGACCACAAAGUGAGGUCACUUCACCUAUGGAUAAACGUUCACGCUAGAAACCCCAGAGGGAUUCCAAGGGCGCUCUGAUACGACUGACGUGUCCCCCGUAGAGAUCAGCAGAUCGACGCUGAUAUCGAUGCUGCUGAGCUACUUUUGGCUUUAGAGCAGCAGGGCUGAAGAGGUCAGCGGUGAAAGGUCGGAGACUCGAAAGCAGGAGGAGGAACUGCACGGCCGUCAGAAGAAUAGGAGCUUCAGGACAUGAGAUCUUGGUGACCGACCGGGGUCAAAGAGGUCAAAGAUGAUGACAUCACACGUUAAGCUGAGAAAGGAGAAAGGGAGUCUGGCCGAAUAUGAAUCACAGAUGAAAGACCUGAGGACUCAGCUCACAGAUCAAAUCAAGAUUUUAGACUCCCAGGUGGAAGUGAAACAGCAGCAGCUCUCAGACCUCUCUGAGUUUCUCCGACGCAGAGGCGACAUCGAAGCAGAAUACGCUCGAGCCCUUGACAAACUCACCGAAAGGUUCACGCACAAAACCAAGAAGAAGGAGCAGUGGUACAAGUCGGUGUGUCAGGUGUGGUCUGUUCUUCUCACUCAGACUCGUCUGGAGAGUCGAGAACAUGCAGCGCUGGGCGACACCUGCUGCAACACACUCACGCAGAGACUGACCCACAGUAUGGAGGACACGCAUCGACUGCACAAGAGAAGCAAAGAAGUUGGAGUCCAGAUGCAAGACGAGCUGAUAAAGGUCACAACUGAACUCCAGACCGCUCUAAAGACCUACAACCAGUACCACACCGACUGCCUGAUAGCAGAGGGGAAACUGAAGGAAGCUGAGCGGUUGGAGGAGAGACACACCGGCAAGUCGUCUGAGCUCGGCCUGGGCCAGUCAAGUGGACAGAGGCGGAGCUCCGUCAAGAAGAUGGAGAGAUUAAUGGAGAAGAGACAUGGCCGAGUGCAGGAGACCCAGCUCAAAUGUACCAAGGCUCGUAACGACUACCUUCUGAACCUGGCAGCGGCCAACGCAGAGAUGAACAAGUACUACCUGCAGGACGUCAGCACCCUCAUCGAUUGCUGCGACCUUGGUUUCCAUCUCUCGGUGGAUCGUGUGAUAAGGUGUUACCUGGCCAGCAGGUGGCGUAUUCAGAAGGCGGAGGAGACGGGUCUUAAGCAGCUGGAGACGGCCAUGACGUCCCUGGACCAGAGCGGAGACAGAGACGCUUUGCUGCAGCAACAUGACGCGGCCUUCUGUCUUCCAUUCAGAUUCAACUACCAUCCACACGAAGGAGACCAGGUGUGUGAAGUGAGUGCAGAGAGCCAGGUGAGGUACGAGUUGGAGACCAGGUUUCAACAGCUUCAGUCUCGACUUGCUGCUGUGACCCUGGAAACCGAAGAGAUCAGUAAAACCCUCAAAGCCACACUUGCCUCCUUGCUGGACACCAUGUGCAACGGUGACAGUAACUCCGCGCCCGAUGUGACCAGCAGCCAAUCACAUGACACCAUCGGAGGAGUUUCCGCCCCUAAACUUGCUAUAGCCAAGCGUCGAGCCAAUCAGCAGGAGACAGAGACUUACUACUUUACUAAAGUGAAGGAGUUCCUCACCAGCAGUUCUCUUUCCUCCAAACUUCAGGCCAAACAUGACCUUCUACAGGACGCCAUACAGAAAGCCGAGGCCGUUGACAGCGACCCCUCCAGAAUGCACUGUGCUCGAUCAGUGCGUGUUCGGAAGUCCAGGCCUGUUUCCCUAUUCUGCCACACACUCUUCACCUCAGACAUUCUCUCCUACAUACAGAGCUCUGGGCAGCAGAUUCCUGUGGUGGUUGAAAGCUGCAUUCGUUUCAUAAACCUUCACGGGCUGCACCAUGAAGGAAUAUUCAGAGUUCCCGGGUCACAGAGAGAAGUUAACGUCAUCAGAGAUGCAUUCGAACGAGGAGAAGACCCUCUGUCUGACAGUGAAUGUGACCUGGACUCAGUGGCUGGAGUAUUGAAGCUUUACUUCAGAGGACUGGAGCCUCCACUCUUCCCCUACGACAGCUAUACUCAGCUGUUGGACUGUGUCCGUAAGACAAACAAAACUGAAAAAUCUGCUCAGAUUAAAGCCGUCGUCUCGACCUUCCAUCGGCCGCUGCUCAUCGUAAUGCGAUACCUUUUCGCCUUCCUCAACCAUGUGUCUCAAUACAGCGAUGAGAACAUGAUGCAGCCCUACAACCUGGCCGUCUGUUUUGGCCCCAGUCUCCUCAGAGGACUGGAUUCAGACGACGCCGUGGCAAGGCAGCCGCAGGUCAAUGACCUCGUCAAAACCAUGAUCCUCCAACAUGACGUCAUCUUCCCCAGCCAAUCAGAGCUGCCGGGCCCAGUUUACGAAAAGCACAUGACUCUGGAACAGGAAUACUGUGAACCAAUCACAGAGGAGGGUGAUGGAGAGACUGAGCAUCUGCCUGGUGAAGAUGAGUUGGAAGCAGUGGCCAUGUUUGACUACACGGCCAGAUCUCCAGCAGAACUCUCCUUGAAACAGGGCGACCUUCUAAUCCUUCACAGCAAAGCCUCCUGUGAUUGGUGGAGAGGAGAAGUGGGAGGAGUUAAGGGUCUCAUCCCUCACAAGUACAUCAGUGUCCUGGAUGGGUCAGAGCGAGGGAAAAGAGAAGAGUCAGGAGGAGGAGGCAGCACUGGAAACCUGACUGUAGAUGAUGCACAGACAGAAAACACAACUAGGAUGAGAGUUAACAGUGACAGUGCUUCACUGCCUGGGCGACAGAGAGGAAGUGAAGGGAGUCCCAGUCAGAAACCAACGACGUCCCCCAUCAUACGACAGCUGCCAGUGCCGGUGUCUCAGGAGAGAAGACACACACUGGAAACCAUUCGAGGAGGUUUCAGAUCCAUGGACAGAACGGCUUUGUCUCAGACUGACAGACCAACGGUUGACAAGGAGAUGAUCAAUCGCCAGAUGAACUCUGUCUUCAAAGAACUCCUGUCUCGUCAGCCGCCCGUCCAGGCGGCUGUCGUCUCCACUCCUGCUGUCCUCCCUGCUCCCUCAUCCUCCGCCCUUCCUCAAGCAGCCCCUGCUGCUAAAAAAGCAGGAUUCGGCCUCAGAGGGAGAGGUCUUUUCAGACCUGUGGACUGAAACGGGAAAAAGCCGUAAGAAGAGACUUGGACUGAAAUCGCUGACUCACUGCUUUGAUGAUGAGCAAAAUUCGGAGAAGGCAAGGAUUUAUUUUUAUGACACGUGUAUAUUAUGAGCGUCUCUUUGUGCCACUCGUUCUCAUGCUGUGUUAUGCGUCCGUGUCAGUGCGUUCGUUCUACAGAUGUUUUUAUUUUGUCUUAUUUUUGGAUGGACAUUCAGGGAUGUUUUGUCCCCGCACACUGAUUCGAACAAACUGACUUCGAAAUCUCUAAAAGACACCUCAUCUCAGGGCUUCAGCGGAGUUAGAGACAGACUAACUCAGGUCUGGCUUUGAAAGAACAGGUAAGAGUUGUCUUUUGUUUCCACUCAGGGCUUCGGUGGACAUGUUCUUCAGCUGUAAGGCUGUGUCUGAGCCUAAAGGGCCAAAAAGGCCCCCCGCCCCCCUCGACCCCCGACCCAUCAGAGAGGGUUAAAGCUAAACUGUGAAAAACAUUGAAGAGCCACACACAAAACUCUCGUCUUAUUUAAUGCACAUGUAGUAAGAACUCGUAGGUGUUGUCAUUAUUAAAACGUCGCUGUUUUAUUUCAGGAAAACUUUCGAGUCACGCUCGCAGAUUAGAUCUUUGUUUGACGUCCCAAAUUUGUUGUAGAGUUCAUGACUGGAUUUAUGAUCAUUGUUGCCAAACUAGGUGUGUACCUAAAAAAACAAUAAAAAUGCAGAGCAGA